AUGCACGACGGCACGGUCCAGGCCUCGGGCACCUACGCCGAGCUGGUGGCCCGCGGCGUUGACUUUGUGGGACUCCUCAAUGAAGACCAGGAAAAAGUCAACGGCGACGAUGACGUAGACCAGGCAAAGGAAGUCAACGGUCCCGCGGGCCAGUUGACCGACGGCGACGAGGUCGAGGGCGAGGCGGAGGCAGCGGAGGAGAGCGAAGCGGCGGAGAAAGAGCGGAAAGCGAAGGGCAAGCUGAUCGACGACGAGGAGCGGAGGACGGGCGCGGUCGAGUGGCGCGUCUACGGGCAGUACCUCAUGGGCACAGGCGGCAUCGCCUUCCUCAUGCUCAUGCUCGCCAUCUCCCUCGUCUUUGAGGGCACGGAGGCGUUUUCGCGGCUGUGGCUGGCGUUCUGGUCGAGCGAUGCCAAGGCCGACACGACCCUCCACCUUUCCGUCUACCUCGGGGCGGCGAUAACGAGCAGCCUGCUGGCGUUCAGUCGUCAGUUCCUGUGGACCAAGGGCACCCUCGACUGCGCCCUUCAACUGCACGACCGCCUCCUCAGCGCCAUUCUGCGCGCACCCAUGACCUUCUUCUUCACCACACCCACCGGUCGCAUCAUCACGCGGUUCUCGAAGGACCAGGGCGUCGUGGACCAGGAGAUCCCGGACAUGGUGUCGGACUUCUUCCUGUGCCUGUUCGCCUCGCUGGGCACGCUCCUCAUGAUCUGCGGCGUUCUGCCCUGGUUCCUCCUCCCCGUCUUCCCCAUCAUCGCCGUCUACUGGUGGAUCCAGCAAUUCUACCGCAAGACUUCCCGCGAGCUGGGCAGGUUGGAGUCGAUGACGAGUUCGCCGAUCUACGCGCAGUACACGGAGACGCUGGAGGGCCUGGACACGAUUCGCGCGUUCCACUGCCAGCCGCAGCUCAAACGCGAAAACGCGCGGCUGCUGGUGGACAACCUGCGGGCCUACUUCUGCCUCUUCACGGCCAACCGCUGGCUGGGCGCGCGGGUCGAAGCCGUAGGCACGGGCAUCAUUCUCAUCAUCGCCGCCCUGUGCGUUGCCACCCGCGGCGCUCUCAGCGUCGGCUUCGUCGGCCUCAUCCUCGCCCUCGCCAACAACUCGAACAUGAAUCGGGUGGAGCGGCUGCUGCACUACACGGCCACCCCGCCCGAGGCCCCACUCGCCCUCGCCCGCGGGCAGCGCUGGGACCCCAAGCUCCGCCAAAUCGUCAGCACCACCGGUGUUGACGUGGAGGAGGGACUCGAGGCCGACGACGACGAUGAGGGGGAGCAGUGGCCCACGGAGGGGCGGAUCGAGUUCCGCGACGUAUGGAUGCGCUACCGCGACGAGCUCGGCCACGUCCUCAAGGGCAUCGACCUCGUCAUCCAACCCCACCACAAAGGCACGACACACGACGCACGCACCGCACAUGACACGACACAACACGACACAUGCU